AUGGAAGCAUUUGAUUGUUUGCCAUUAGCGGCACUGAUGAAUGGCCAGUUCCUGUGUGUACACGGCGGUCUUUCGCCUGAAAUUCAUACCCUUGAAGAUAUCAAGAGACUAGAUCGAUUUAAAGAACCACCACCGUAUGGACCAAUGUGCGAUCUAUUAUGGUCGGAUCCGUUGGAAGAUUAUGGCGUGGAGAGAACGACUGAGCAGUAUAGUCACAAUACAGUACGAGGAUGUUCAUAUUUUUAUAGUUAUGCUGCUUGUUGUGAUUUCUUGCAAAAUAAUCAAUUAUUAUCAAUAAUUCGAGCUCACGAAGCCCAAGAUGCGGGUUAUCGUAUGUACAAGAAGUGUCAGAGCACAGGAUUUCCAAGUUUAAUUACAAUAUUUUCUGCACCCAACUAUCUCGAUGUGUACAAUAAUAAGGCUGCCAUACUCAAAUAUGAAAAUAACGUGAUGAAUAUCCGUCAGUUUAACUGUUCACCUCAUCCUUAUUGGUUACCGAACUUCAUGGAUGUCUUUACGUGGAGUUUGCCGUUCGUUGGCGAGAAAGUAACGGAAAUGCUUGCUAAUAUUUUAAAUAUUUGUUCGGAUGAAGAGUUGGAAAAUGAUGGCACGCCGACCGAUGAAGCUGAUGUGAUGACUGAAGCUGCAUUAGCUGCACGUAAAGAAGUGAUACGUAAUAAAGUGCGAGCUGUUGGCAAAAUGGUUCGUUAUUUUGCAACACUAAGAGAGCAAAGCGAAGAUAUUUUAACGCUGAAAGGACUUACCGCAGGUGGAACGUUACCAUUAGGAACGCUAGAAGGUGGUAAAACAGCUAUCGAACAAGCUAAACAAUUAAUUGCAAAUAAGAAACGUAUAUCAUUCGAAGAAGCUAAACGAUUAGAUAAGAGUAAUGAAAGUAUGCCACCGUGGCAACAACUUCAUCCGUCUUCAUCGGGCUUGACAUCGGGUGUGGGUUCAAGUGGUACGGCAUCGUCGAACAGCGGCGCAUCAUCACCACGUAUCGUCGGCACGUCAACAAUGUCCUCGUCUGUUUCAUCCAUAUCUUCGUCGCCUGUCAAUACUCUCGCGGAUGCUUCGUCAGGUGUGACAACCAAUUUAUUGAUUGAUUCAACUAAUACCAAUUGUAAUGGAAAUGAGAGAACAUCUGGACGAACGGGAAGUGAUUCGUCGAAAAAUGCUUAUCGAACGAAGUGA